UUGUGCUUAACAACGAAACAACGUUUGCGUGGAAUACGCAUCUCUCAUACAUCAUACGCAAAAAAACGUACACGAAGUCCCGCCCAAAUCAAUCCCUAUUGGUCAUGGAGCACUACCUGAUUUGUCCACAAAGACGGGGAUUGGUGGGACGCAGAAAACCUGUCAGCCGCCCCAUUUCUCUUUCUUUGGUACCGCCAGAACAAACACGCCUCUGCUUAUUGGCUGGUUGUCCCGUCAUUUAAAAUGACAGCCGACGAGCGCAAUUUCUAUUGGCUAAGCGGCCUGUCAGUCACACCUGUCUAGGCCCGUGGCUGUGCGUCUGCGCCAAGAGAAGUAGGAGGGUCUUCCACUCAGUCUUUUUAUUUAUUUCUUUGUUUCCAGAAGAAAAAAAAAACAACCACAGCGGUAUUUUCCUUUGCGGGACCGCCAAUGUUUCCCGUCCGAAUAAGAGAGAACCCUGGACCAUACUGCUGUACGUAUUAAAAAGCCCGAUUUAAGGGGGCGAGAAUGAAGCGGCGCAAUGCGGACUGCAGCAAGCUCCGACGGCCCUUAAAACGGAACCGAAUCACCGAGGGGAUCUACGGCAGUACGUUCCUGUACCUGAAGUUUCUGGUGGUCUGGGCUCUGGUGCUGCUGGCAGACUUUGUGCUGGAGUUCCGCUUCGAGUACCUCUGGCCUUUCUGGCUCUUCAUUCGCAGUGUUUACGACUCCUUCAGAUACCAGGGCCUGGCUUUCUCAGUGUUUUUUGUGUGUGUGGCAUUCACAUCAGAUAUUAUAUGUCUGCUGUUCAUCCCAGUGCAGUGGCUGUUCUUUGCAGCCAGCACAUAUGUGUGGGUGCAGUACGUCUGGCACACAGAAAGAGGGGUCUGCCUCCCCACUGUGUCGCUAUGGAUACUUUUUGUUUAUAUCGAGGCAGCUAUCAGAUUUAAAGAUUUGAAACACUUCCACGUGGACUUGUGUCGUCCGUUUGCAGCGCACUGUAUCGGGUACCCGGUGGUGACGCUGGGCUUUGGUUUUAAGAGUUACGUAAGUUAUAAAAUGCGUCUACGGAAACAGAAGGAAGUACAGAAAGAGAACGAAUUUUACAUGCAGCUGCUGCAGCAGGCGCUACCUCCAGAACAACAGCUCAUACAGAGACAAGAGAGAGAAGCUGAGGAGGCAGCAGCAGCAUCUAAAGGCAUUCACGAUGUAGACUCUCCAGCUGUGGCACAGAACGGCUCGGCGGGCGGUAAAAAACCCUCAUCCAACACAUUACCAGAGUUGGAAUAUCGAGAAAAAGAACGAGGCAAGAACGAGUCCAAAAAACAACACAACCACAACCAGAACCAUCACAGCAGCACCAGCAGCAGCAUCUUACCGUCGGUGGACAGUAAAGCUCAGGAGAUGGAGUACAUGGAAAACCACGUGAACAGUAAGAGACUGAGCAGCUCAGACCUGCUGGGCAGCACUGAGAACCUGCUGAAAGAGGAACACUCUUCAUCCUCCUCCUCCUCUUCCUCCUCCAACUCCAACAAAAAUUACAAAAAUGCCAGCGGAGGAGGAGGAGGGGGAGGGAGCUCCUCGCCCCGGGGGCACGGAACGGCCAACGGCAGCGUGCCGUCUUCCUCCGGGCCUUCGUCGUCCACUUCUUCCUCGGGUAAGGGGGACAGGAAACAGAAGUGUGGAGGAGGGAAGAACUCAGCAUCAAACAGAGACCCUGUGGAAAACUGCAUUCCCAACAAUCAGCUGAGCAAACCCGAAGCGCUCAUCAGGCUGGAGCAGGAUGUUAAGAAGCUGAAGGCAGACCUGCAGGCCAGCAGACAGACCGAACAGGAUCUGCGCAGUCAGCUGGGCUCUCUAGGCAGCUCCGAACGCAGCAUACGCUCUGAGCUCGGACAGCUGCGGCAGGAGAACGAACUGCUGCAAAACAAACUUCAUAACGCCGUGCAAGCGAAGCAGAAGGACAAGCAGACAGUGGGGCAGCUGGAGAAGCGUCUGAAGGCGGAACAGGAGGCUCGUGCUGCGGCAGAAAAACUGUUAGCAGAGGAAAAGAAACGCAAGAAACUGGAGGAAGCCACGGCGGCCCGAGCGGUUGCUCUCGCCGCGGCAACCAGAGGUGAAUGCACAGAGUCUCUGAGGAGGAGGAUUUCUGAGCUGGAGUCAGAGUGUAAAAAACUUACGCUUGACAUCAAGGUGAAAGAAGAUCAAAUCAGAGAGCUGGAACUCAAAGUUCAAGAGCUACAUAAAUAUAAGGAAAAUGAGAAGGACACAGAGGUUCUGAUGUCAGCGCUGUCAGCGAUGCAGGAUAAAACCCAGCACCUGGAAAACAGCCUUAGCGCUGAGACCCGAAUCAAGCUGGACCUCUUCUCUGCCCUCGGAGAUGCUAAGAGACAGCUGGAGAUUGCACAAGGUCAAAUUCUGCAGAAGGACCAGGAGAUUAAAGAUCUGAAGCAGAAGAUAGCAGAGGUCAUGGCUGUCAUGCCCAGUGUGGUGUAUUCGGCAGACACGGGCAGCAUGACCCCAGUCACGCCCCAUUACUCCUCCAAGUUCAUGGACACCAGUCCAUCAGGACUGGACCCCAACGCAUCGGUUUACCAGCCCCUGAAAAAAUGAAUGCUUGUUUCCCACCACAACCGACCUGCACUCAUUCUUGCAUACACUCUCACACACACACACAUACACACACACACACACACACACAUACACAGUCUUCUCUGGUUGUUUUUUUUCCUUCAUAGGCCCAGAUUCAGAUUCAUCUUUGGCAUGUCUGUGGCUCAGAUUGCUUUUUUGUUUUCAUUUUUUUUUUUUUUUUCUUCUAUUACUACAGCUUCUUGCCUGGUCAGAAGGAUGUUGUAUUGUGUGACUGUAUUUGUUGUAGUAAAAAAACAAAAGACAAAAAAAGAGGACUUUUAAGGGACGUCACACGUUGAGUAGGAAACUGCUGUUUCUUUUCUCUUGUAAAUGUCUAGAAACCUCACAGAAGUUGGUGAGUAUUUUCCCUCAGUCCAUUCAGAGACCACUCGCAUCCAUUUUUGUUCCUCAUCUUUGGAUUUCGGCCUUGAUUUUACUGCUUUUUUUUUUUUUUUUUUUUCGGGGAAAUGCAAAGCAGGGCAAGUGUGAGAUCCAUUGUCCCAGGUGCUCUACCCCAUAUCAGAAGAUUUUUAUUCAAGAAUGUCACCAUCCAAAUAUGACAAGAAUGUAAAAAAAAAAAAAAAAACGUCCCAGAAACAAUGCGACAAAAUUCUCUUACUUGGAUCAGUAUGUAAGGAUCGGACGACCCCCCCCCGGUCUUUAAGGACUCGUUUGACGGACUGAAGUUUCAUCUGUGGAUUGCUGUUCUUCCUCCUGGUACAAAAAGACAAACUGUGUGCCGCAAACACAGUCCAGCAGCAAAAUUCACCAGUUACAGAUAAUCAGUGCCUUCAUAUGGGACCUCAUUGGUGGAAACCGAAAGAUCUCUUCCCUCCCUUCUCCACGUCAUGCCUCGACCACAUCCUUUUUGGUCACGUACGGCAAACGGAUCGCCGGCCCAUCUGUGUGACGACUCUGCUCCUGUUUUGGUCCGCGCUUGUGAAUUCGGUCAUUUGUUUACAUUGUUAUUUAUUUAUCCGGCGUUUGCGCUAUUGCACUGUUGAUGAGCUCGCAAGGGAAUAUCUUGAGUGUGUCUUAAGUAUCCUCUCCUUGUUUUCUUUAUCGUAUUGACCAUCUUUCAGUAUCGGACAGAAGCUAGUGUAGUCCAGUGCCAACUAAAACCGUAAACUUGUUGAAAAAGAAGUGUUUCAGAUCCAUCCGGUUACUGGCUGGUCCAAUGAUCAGAAGCUAGAGGGAGAGUAUUAUUGCUAUUAUUAUAUAGUUUGUGUGUUGUUUUCGGAGAAAUACUUGGCUGUGCCACUUGGUGGCGCCGUUGUGUUCGGAAAGUGUUGCUAGUUUAAACCCAUUAGACUCUUGGGAAGGUUUUCGUCGGACCAUCAUCACACUCCCGGUGUAAAUGAAUACAGAUCCAGACGUCUGCUAAGCAUGAAGUAUUACCGGGCUAAAGGGAGAACGUCCCGAGCCGACCAACUGUUUGGAAAUUCAGAUUUUUUGUUAAAGCGAAUACAUUUUGCCAACCAGAGGAAGUCAGUUCCUUCAAACGAGUUCCGGUGCGGAUAGCUUUGAGAAGGGGAGAUGGUUACUGUGUUUAGUAUUCCAUUGGUGAAUGAUGGGCGGGAGGGGGGCGGGGUUUAGCCAGAGUCAGUCCUAUGUGGUAUUGUAGUGCUCUGAGAUGGUUGUUGUUUUCGGUGUCUGUGUUUUUUAAAACUAUGAUGUGAUGGAGGAAGUGAGAAAGUGGGAAGGUUUGCGAAGUCCAAGUGGUUUAAAUGAAAGCGGGGGGAAGAGAGAGAGAGAGAGAGAGAGAGAGAAAAGACGGUUGUUUUGUUUCCUUUGCCCGCUGUCACUUCUAGCUUUCUGUCUGUUUUUCGGCCAGACCUCGGCUGCACUCUCUGUGAGGUCUCUGUGAGGUUUCAAGUAAUAAAACAUUUUUUUCUGGCA